UCCAAUCAAAACAGCCGAGGCCAACAUCCGCCGAAAUUUGAAAACUCCCUUUAGCUUAGUAGAUCUUAGCUAACACUGUUUUGAUUGAAAUACAUUUGAUUUUUAAUCGUUUGACGCGAUGGAGAUUUUCAACAAAAUGAAUUUCAAGAUGUAUUUUUUCGAAAACAGACUUAAAACCUUUGAAGGAUGGCCGUUUGACAAAGACUGCGCGUGCACCCCCGAGAACAUGGCCAGAGCUGGCUUCAUCCACACCCCUGGGGAGAACAGUCCAGACACUGCCAUGUGUUUCUUCUGCCUCAAGGAGCUGGAAGGCUGGGAGCCAGAGGAUGACCCGGUGGAGGAACACAAAUCUCAUUCACCAUCCUGCAACUUUAUUGCUCUGAAGAAAACUGUAGAAGAGCUGACUGUGGAAGAAUUCAACAAACUCGACAAGGAGAGGCUAAAAUUGAUCAUUAACAAAGUCGGGAAUGAGGCCAUGGCCAAGUUUGAAGAAGCAGCCAAACGGAUACGAGCGGAUAUAAUCAAGACGGCCAUGGGCGAGGAGUGAAAAGGGAAUAGAUCCAGACAAUAAAGAUUUGUGUUUAUUCAUUAAAGCUGUUCUGUUUUUAAAAUUGCA